AUGGACGUCGCCGACGGAUGCCACGGACGCCGCGGGGCCGUCUGGCGCGCCGCCUGCUUCCUCUCCUACGCGGACACCAACGCGUCCACGGCCCGCGAAGACGCGUUUCGCGGCUGGUUCUAUGACGACAACAGCGCCGACGGCGACGACACGCCGACCGCGGCGCUGGGGAGAGAAUGUGUGGCCAACCGCACCGCGGCGGAGUGCUCACGGUGCCUGAACGAGUCGGCAAAAGUGGUUCCAGCGCUGAAGGAAGGGCGGAGGAAGAGGAAGCUGUCGUUGGUCCACGGUGAUGCGGUGGUGGUCGUCGGCUACUCCUGCUACCUGCGCGUCCCGUUAUUCCCUCCAAUGCCGCGGUGGGAGACCUACGGUGAGCUCACUCGUUCUGUCUCGGUCUCUUUCUUGUCCAAGAAACAGGAAAUCGGGGCGAUGACGAUGGUGCUCGUCCUUGCAGUUUUCGGAGUCUUCGCAGUCUUUGAUGUGGUUGGGGUAGUGCUCAUCGAAGUAGUGGGGCUUCUGUUCUGCAUCGAGAAAGCUCGGGAGUUUAAUCCAGCAUGA